UUAAGUUUCACAUAACGCAUUGCAGACAGUCAAGUGGAAAGAUGUACUUUCUCAACUGCAUCUUUGUAUCGCUUGUCCUAGCCGGUUGCUAUGGAGACACACAAAACUCACGAGUCGCAACCGCAUUUUUAGAUAACAAUCUCGUACCCAACAUUGAGGUUGUGGCGCCACAAAAUUUUAUAAGCGUUAAUUACUCAUCCGUAAAUGUGGAUUUGGGUACUGUAGUCAACCCUAUACAGACGUUAUUCCAACCGUCUGUGAGUUACGAAGCCAAUUCGACCGAGUUAUAUACUUUUAUGUUUUUUGGGCCAGAUCUUCCAAUCGACGUGGUUCCAAGAUACACGCAGUUCCUCCACUGGUUGAUCGUGAACAUUCCGGGUGAAGAUAUGGAAAAUGGCGACACCGUGUCUACACAUUUUCCACCCACUCCGUACCCUGGAGGCUUCCCCUACUUAUUUCUCCUUUAUAAGCAGAACGAGAGGAUUGACCCUGAACCUCUAAAUUCGCUACGUUUAAUUCUAAAUCGUCCGGGCUUUGACCCCGUGGAGUUUAAGAGACAACACAGCCUCACCGGACCCUUAGCUGGUAAUUUUAUGCGAGAACAAUACUUAUCGGUUGAUGCGCUUGAAAAUAUUAUUAGUUCUUUACGACCGUCCAUUCUUUAGUAUUUAUUUUAUUGCACUUCGAUUUAAAUACAUAUUGCGUGUUAUUAACAUAUUUGAUUAGA